GUCAAACGAGGAGGAAAUGCGUAUGGAGAUGAGAUGGUAGUACCAUACGGUCGUGCUCGUCCCGCAGCGCCAGCACCGGCAGUACCAGAGCAACCUCCAGCGGUGGUCGAGCAGCCACCUCCACCGGAAGAGCCCAAAGUGGUAGAAAGUGGAUACCGUUCGUGA